AUGGACAGCAUCAGAGAUGUGUCCAUCAGAGGGACGGCUCAGACAGCAGUGUGGGACCGUGAGGAGCUCAAGGACCCAACAGUCCACGUGCGUCUGCCGAGUGGUGACGAUUUUAAAGAUCAGAACAUUCGUUACUUCAGUCGAACAUCACUGAGAGCCGACGCUCUGCUGACUGGAGACCUCAGCCUCACACUGAGGAAGCCCACAGUCUCUGACAGUGCAAACUACACCUGCACAUACCGCAAGUAUGGACAAGAUCGGAACAAGAGCUAUGUAGACCUGAAGGUCACAGAACUUCCUCCUCGUUCUGCAGUCUGGUUCAAAGUCCUCUCAGGUGUCCUGGUUCCUGUGGUUCUUCUGGCUGUUACGUUUGGUGCAUGUCUGUCUUGUAGAUACAAAAAGUUAAAGAACAAAGAAGUUCGUGAGGUGGAGGUGGGUUCAGGUGUGGAGUUUGCCAAGCUGCCCUGCAAAGCCACAGUUCACCUGUCUAAGGUAAAUAAAGUCGUGUGGAAGGACAGAGAUGGCAGGAUAGUCCACGUGUAUCAGAAAGACUCUGAGCAGCCUGAAAAACAGCACAGACGUUACAGGAACCGAACAGAAAUGAAUGAAGACCCGCUGAAGACUGGAGACCUCAGUCUGACACUGAAAUACCCCACACACACAGACAGAGACACCUACACCUGCACCGUCUACGGCAGGGAGGGAAAAGUCCUGAUGGAGAAAAAAGUGGAGCUGAAAGUCGAAGAGUGUCAGCUGGUGGCGAAGGAGGAGGGGGCAGAGUCUGUCUCUCUUCCCUUUCAAACCACAGAAAACCUGCCUGACGACAGUGAAGUGGUGUGGAAAUGUUAUGAACCAGAAUACAGGAAGGUCUACGUGUAUGAGAACGGCUCUGAUUGGCCUGACAAACAGGAUGAACAUUACAAAGGUCGCACUGAGAUGAAGAAAGACUCUCUGAAAUCUGGAGACCUCAGUCUGACCCUGAGACACCCCACAGUGGGAGAUGCUGGGAGAUACGGAUGUGAGGUCAACAGCAAGGAGGCCUGGAGAUACAAGAGGGUGUGGCUCACAGUUAAAGUAUGA